GCUGCUCCCGGGUUGGAGUUGCUGGCUGGGCCCCGACCGGGCCGCGCCCGAGCCGUUUCCGCUCGGUGUGUGCCGCGUUCAACCUGCGCUGAAGCUGGCGGUUUGUGGCCUCGCAGCUAUUGUUCUGGGCUCCUUCUCGCGCUGUGCGUUGGCCCUUGGAGCUUGGCCCGUGCAAGAGAAGGAGGCAGUGGGUUGACUCCUUCAGAGAGCGGAUCACGAGCGAGGCUGAAGAUCUGGUGGCAAACUUUUUCCCAAAGAAGCUGUUAGAACUUGAUGGGUUCCUGAAAGAGCCCAUUCUGAAUAUUCAUGAUCUCACUCAGAUCCAUUCAGACAUGAACCUCCCAGUGCCUGACCCAAUUCUUCUCACAAACAGCCAUGAUGGACUGGAUGGGCCAAAUAUGAAAAAGAGGAAGCUGGAAGACCGUGAAGAGACCUUUCAGGGUACCAAAGUGUUUGUGAUGCCCAAUGGGAUGCUGAAGAGCAACCAGCAGCUGGUGGACAUCAUUGAGAAAGUGAAACCAGAGAUCAGGCUGCUUAUUGAGAAGUGUAAUACGGUCAAAAUGUGGGUGCAACUUCUAAUUCCCAGGAUAGAAGAUGGAAACAACUUUGGUGUUUCUAUUCAGGAGGAAACAGUUGCUGAGCUUCGAACUGUGGAGAGUGAGGCAGCAUCCUACCUGGACCAGAUUUCUAGAUAUUAUAUCACAAGAGCCAAGCUGGUUUCCAAAAUAGCUAAGUACCCUCAUGUGGAGGACUACCGCCGCACAGUGACAGAGAUUGAUGAAAAGGAAUAUAUUAGUCUGCGCCUGAUCAUUUCAGAGCUGAGGAAUCAAUAUGUCACUUUGCAUGACAUGAUCCUUAAAAACAUUGAGAAGAUCAAGAGGCCUCGGAGCAGCAAUGCUGAGACCCUUUAUUAAGUGUCAACGUUUGAACUUGAGAACUGUUCAGUCAACUAAAGACCGUCAUUGCCUUGGUUUGUUACAUGACUAUCGAGAUGGGAAACUGGCUGGAAAUAGUAUCGCAUUCUUAGUUAAAAUCUAAAGAAAUUCUCACCUAGUUUUGUGAUUGGUUUUAUUCAGGUCUCAGGAGCUCUCCCUCCCUCUAGUAUCUGGUAAAGAAAAAGGCCUUGCUGCUUUGGGAUGCCCUAGAGGCUACUGCAGAGUGAGAGCAGAGCGCCAGCCAGGCAGGAACAUUCCUUCAUGCCUUUCUUCCUACCUGAGUAGGAACUACAGUAGAGACCAAGCCCUUGUCUUGUUCCAUCUCUUGGCUGGAGGCUUCUCUGUGGUCUCUGUGAAUGGAGCAGACAGUCUUCAGCACAAGACAAGGCCUGGGUGGUGGUGCAGUGGCUGAAAGCCAGCUCUUUUCAGUGCUGGCUGCAGCUGAGCCCCUCUGCCAGUACUCUGCACUGACUUAUUUGCAAAGACAGAGGAUCCUGCCCCUUCUGGGUUGGUGGCCACAGCCACGUUCCAGUGCCACAGAGAGGUCUGUAGUUGCUUUGUGGCUUUUUUGACUCAGUAGAGUCUGGUCCAUCUGUCUCUGCCUUAGUUCUGACCAAGUCAAUGCAGAGCUAAAGGUGAUGCUUGUCACUAGGGCUGAUUGCUGUACUGGCUGGUUGUGAGCGCAUGCGGCUUCUGCUCCAGUUUGCAAAUUGACUAGAGCCACUUUCUUGGUUAAAACCAACUUCAUGUGAGUCUUCGUGCCUCCUCAGUAUGAGUUGCUUUUCCCCAGGCUGAGAGAAGGGAGGAGCCAGAGGUCUGAUGCUAAACUCCCGAUAGCUUCUACACGUGGUCAGACUGGAACCUGCUUUCUCCUGGCAGUGCUUCCUGCUGUCCAGGCAGAGCAGGCCAGCUGCGACAAUAGUGCUUGGGGUGAGGAUGGCCAAUUCCCACCCAGUACCAUUGCAAACCUUGUAUUCUUUCCCCUGCGAAAGUGCACCCUCGUGCGCCUACUGACUCCUCUAAGCUGCUGGAACAUUUCAUGGUCCAUUACAAACCCCUUUGGAAAUGAUCGGUUGUGUUGCGUCAGUUUUUGUGUGUGGGAAGUGGUCCCACAAUGCUGCAGGCUCCAAAUUUUUCUUAUUUAUAGUAUUUCUACUUAAGUCCCAUAUUCAGGGAAUGUUAAAUCAUUUAUUUCUGGAACCUCACUGUUUCCCAGGUCUCGUUGUUACACCCCUAUAUUCUUAUUGUGCAGUAGCCUUAAUAGUUGUGUUAACUUCAUUGUAACAACAGUGACAAAUGAAAUGAACUUUCUUUUUUUAUUUACUUUGUUUUUGUUUUUUUUUUCUGCUUCCACCUCUAAGAGCCAUGUUGUCUCUUGCUGGUUCCCUAGGGAUUUGCCCAGAGUGUGGAGGGCCACUGGCCCUUUCAAUAGACUCUUCUGUUGUUGUUUGUAGUAAGUCAACUCUUAGUCUUCCCGCUAAUAAAUAUUCUGUAACAAA